UUUAAGAAAUAGCCACCGUCAAAUAUAAUGCCGUGGUGCCUGACGAGAAGCUAGAACUGCGUCUCUGCCAAACAGCGAUGGCGACCAAAGCAAGUGCUCACACUCUUCCCCAAUCAGAAGCCGCUUCGAAAAGCUACUUCUUAGCUUCUAAAUGGGAACCGAAUGCUCCGUUGACGGAGCAGCAACAAGCGGCUAUUGUCGCACUGUCUCAUGCUGUCGCGGAGCGACCAUUUCCUGCCAAUUUGGCACAAGAGCAUAUUUCAGGGCAGGAGAAUGGCUUAUCAGUUUCUGCAAAGGAAAAUGGUUUUGCAGAAUCUGAGGCGAUAGAAGCCGUUUUAGUCAAUACCAAUGAGUUUUACAAAUGGUUUACAGAUCUUGAAUCUGCUAUGAAGUCAGAGACAGAGGAGAAAUAUCAGCACUAUGUUAACAGUUUAACGGAGCGCAUAGAGACGUGUGAUAAUAUACUUUCUCAGGUUGAUGAAACCCUGGACCUGUUCAAUGAACUACAGCUGCAACACCAAGCAGUAGCUAUAAAGACUAAAACUCUUCAUGAUGCCUGUGAUAGACUGGUAUUAGAGAAGCAGAGACUGAUUGAAUUUGCUGAUGCGCUUCGCAGUAAACUCAAAUACUUUGAUGAAUUGGAGAAUAUUGCUCCAAAUUUUUACUCCCCAAGCAUGAAUGUUGGAAAUUCAAACUUUCUCCCGCUUCUGAAACGGCUUGAUGACUGCAUAUCGUAUGUCGAAAGCAAUCCACAAUAUGAAGAAUCUAGCAUUUAUUUGCUCAAAUUUCGGCAACUCCAGUCUCGAGCACUGGGUAUGAUCCGUUCUCAUGUUCUAUCGGUUCUCAAAAGCGCAUCUUUUCAGGUUGAGGCAGCAAUUCGUAGCAGUGGUGGCAGCAAGACAUCUGUUUCUGAGGGUGUUGAGGCAUCUGCCAUCUAUGUCCGCUUCAAGGCAGCAGCAAGUGAGCUUAAGCCAGUUCUGGAGGAAAUUGAGAGCCGAUCGUCAAGGAAAGAGUACCUUCAGAUCCUUGGAGAAUGCCACAAACUGUAUUGUGAACGGAGACUUUCCUUGGUAAAAGGUAUAGUGCAGCAGCGUAUAUCUGAGUUUUCGAGGAAAGAAGCCUUGCCAUCAUUGACUAGAUCAGGAUGUGCAUAUUUGAUGCAGGUCUGUCAACUUGAGCACCAACUAUUUGAUCACUUUUUCCCGUCAUCUUCUGAGGAUGUUUCAAGUUUGGCUCCGUUACUAGAUCCUUUGUCAACCUACUUGUAUGAUACCUUACGCCCAAAACUUAUACAUGAAACAAAUGUUGAUCUUCUUUGUGAACUUGUUGAUAUACUUAAGAUUGAAGUCUUGGGGGAACAGCUAAGUAGACGGAGCGAGUCAUUAGCUGGACUACGUCCUACAUUACAAAGAAUUCUAGCUGAUGUUCAUGAACGAUUGACUUUUCGUGCUCGGACACACAUUCGUGAUGAGAUUGCAAAUUAUAUUCCUACUAAUGAAGACUUGGAUUACCCUGCAAUUUUGGAGCGAUCUGCUGAGAUGAAAUCAGAAUCUACUUCCUCUGAUGAAAACUCAGAUGUAUUUAAAACUUGGUACCCACCCCUGGAAAAAACUCUAUCGUGUCUUUCAAAGCUGUACCGUUGUUUAGAACCAGCUGUCUUCACUGGUCUGGCACAGGAAGCGGUAGAAGUUUGCUCUAUAUCAAUCCAGAAAGCUAGCAAACUAAUUGCAAAGAGGUCAGCAGCAAUGGACGGGCAGCUCUUCCUUAUCAAAGACCUUUUAAUUUUACGAGAGCAGAUUGCGCCAUUCGACAUAGAGUUUUCAGUCACAUAUAAGGAACUUGAUUUCUCUCAUUUACUGGAGCACCUAAGACGGAUCCUAAGAGGUCAAGCCUCGCUAUUUGAUUGGUCAAGAUCAACUUCAUUGGCAAGGACCUUGUCUCCUAGAGUUUUGGAAAGUCAAAUAGAUGCCAAGAAGGAAUUGGAGAAAAGCCUAAAGGCCACUUGCGAGGAAUUCAUUAUGUCAGUCACGAAGUUAGUUGUGGACCCAAUGCUUUCGUUUGUAACCAAGGUGACUGCUGUGAAAGUGGCCUUGUCAUCUGGUAAUCAAAGUCAAAAGGCAGACUCAGUUUUGGCCAAGCCGCUUAAGGAUCAAGCUUUUGCCACUCCUGAUAAGGUGGCUGAACUUGUUCAGAAGGUAAAUACAGCUAUUCAGGAAGAGUUGCCGCAGGUGAUGUCAAAGAUGAAGCUUUAUCUGCAGAAUCCUUCAACCCGAAUAAUACUUUUUAAGCCAAUAAAGACAAAUAUUGUGGAAGCUCAUAUCCAAGUGCAAUCCCUGCUAAAAGCAGAGUAUUCCCUCGAAGAUCAAAGAACCAUAAACAUGGUAUCUAUCCAGGAUCUGCAAACACAACUUGAUAGUCUUCUGUAGAUCCCUCUAUUCAGUUGCCCCGUCAUCAUUCAUCACCAUCCCUUCUCUCAAAUUAUACUGACUACACGAGAAAAUUUACAUUCUUUAAUGUAAUAGUGGUUUUGAAAAUUUCUGUGGAUUUUAAACUUUUCAAAAAUCAUAACUCAUUUUUGCCCGUGGUGUCUACAUGGGAAAGUAAUGUCAGCGCAAGUAACGUGCAGAGGAAGAUAUCUUCUAUGAUGAUUUGUUAUUUAUUUGUUAAAAAUGAAUUCAUAUUGUUUGUGCAAGGGGAAGUUACGAAGUUACUAUA